CUCCUGUUCCCAGGCGGUGGCCCUGGUGGAGGACUUCCUGAGGAGCCAAGAGGCGGUUGAGGCUGCCACCUGGCAGGGGCUGCUGAAGGAGGAGUGUGAGGAUUUCCUGGACGCAGGGAGAGAGCCCUUGAAUCCCACGAAGGUCUACGAAGAUGCUGAGCAACCUGAUGAAGACAUGGGCCACACAAACGCAAAAGAGGCCUGCAGUGUCUUGGGGCUGCUGAAGGAGGAGUGCGAGGAUUUCCUGGAAGCAGGGAGAGAGCCCUUGAAUCCCAUGAAGGUCUACAAAGACGCUGAGCAAAUUGGCAUGGAAAACAACUUCCAAACUUCUGCCGAUCAUUUGCAUUGUUCUCAAGAGGACCACACUGGUGGGAAAGUGGCCGGCGACAUCCUGGGGCUGCUGAAGGAGGAGUGCGAGGAUUUCCUGGAUGCGGAGAGAGAGCCCUCGGAUCCCAUUCAGGUGUAUGAAGAUGCCAAGCAAUCUGGCAUUGGAAUUGCUGGCCCUUCACCGCUUCCUCCUGAGCAAGAAAUGGACCUCCCUGGAGGGAAAGAGACCUGUGGCCUUCUGGGAGAGCUGAAGCUCAAUGAACGGAGCUUCCUUUUGCAGGUCGGCAGGCAGAUUUCGCAGCACCCUGCCCAAGAGAGCGUUGCCUGGUCACACCUGCAGGGCGAUGUAGGUUCUUCAGGUGACAAGAAGGAAUGUCAGGUCAAGUUGGAGACUCCUCGGUGCGGAGGAAAAGAGGCUGAGGGCUCACCCGGGACUGCCCCAGAGAUGAGUCAAGCAAACAUUUUGGGGAUGGUGGAGUUGCAUCAAGGAGCAGGCAAGUCCAACGAGGGACAGGAGAAACAGCGUGCAGGAAGGAGGAGUAAAUGUAACGAGCUCUCGGACGGUCCCGCGGCUGCAAUUAGCCAGCCUUCCAACGUGCAGACAAGGGGAAGCUUGCCCAGGUUUUCCAAGUAUGGCAGAAGAUACCGCUACAGGUUAGAACCUGAUACAAUGGAUACCAGGGAGGAAGGUGUCAAUGACUAUGACAAGGGUGACUGCGAUGACCACGAUGACACAUGGCCCGCAUCAGGGGAAAGUCUCCCUCAAAGUGCAUGGCUUGAUCACCCUCCGAGAAGGAGAAAAGAAAGGAGUAGAUCUGCACUUUCUGGGAAUGGUGAAGGGGAUAAUUUAAGCAGACAUCAGACUGGCCACCCAGAAGAGAAACAUCACGAUUCCAAUGGGUGUAUAAAGAGCUUUGGUCAUUCAGUGACACCAAACAGUAAUCGGGUGAUUCCAAGUGAAGGCGGAGCAGAUGAAUGUGUUCGUCUUAGCAGAUUCCUCAAUCAGAAAGAACAUUUGCUGGAUCAUGAACAAGGCCAUCCUGGCGAGAAAGGACUGGAAUGUCCUCGUUCUGAGGAACUCUUUACCUUUAGUGAACAGGAAAUUCCUUCUGGAGAGAAACCAUAUAAAUGUUCUCAGUGUGGGAAAUGCUUCAGGCAUAAUGGAAAAUUGAUGUGUCAUCAGAGAAUUCAUACUGGAGAGAAACCAUACAGAUGUUCUCAGUGUGGGAAAUGCUUCAGUUUUCUGCAAAAUAUGAAGAGACAUCAGAGAAUUCAUAGUGGAGAGAAACCAUACAGAUGUUCUCAGUGUCCGAAAUGCUUUUGUGAGAAAGACAAGUUAAAGGAACAUCAGAGAAUCCAUACUGGAGAGAAGCCAUACAAAUGCCUUGAAUGUGGUAAAAGCUUCAGAUUGAGUACAAAUCGGAAAGAACAUCAGAGGAUUCAUACUACAGAGAAACCAUACAAAUGCCUUGAAUGUGGUGAAAGCUUCAGAUGGAGUAAGUGUCUGAGAGGGCACCAGAGAAUUCAUACUGGAGAGAAACCAUACAAAUGCCCUGAAUGUGGUAAAAACUUCAGACUGAGUAAGAAUCUAAGAGAACAUCAGAGAAUUCAUACUGGAGAGAAGCCGUACAAAUGUUCUCAGUGUGGGAAAUUCUUCAGAAAGAUACAAGAUAGGCAGAGACAUCAGAAAACUCAUACUGGAGAGAAACCAAACAAAUGCCUUGAAUGUGGCAAAAGCUUUCGAUUGAAUAAGAAUCUGAGAGAACAUCAGAAAAUUCAUACUCAAGAGCAGCCAUACGAAUCGGACUCCUGUUCCCAGGCGGUGGCCCUGGCGGAGCACUUCCUGAGGAGCCAGAAGGAAGCUGAAUCAGUGACCUGGCAGGGGCUGCUGAAGGAGGAGUGCGAGGAUUUCCUGGAUGUGGAGAGAGCACCCUCGGAUCCUGCAAAAGUCUACGAAGAUGCCGAGCAACCUGGCCUUGGGAACAAUUUCCAAAGUUUGGCCAGUCCUUCACAUGGUUCUGAAGAUGAAGAUGAGAACCACACUGGUGCGAAAGGUGUCCUGGAACACAAAACACUCCAAGAACAGGGUCUGUGUUUGCAGAUGAUUGGCCAGAGUCUGCCGCAGCCCGUCCAACAGACCAUCGUUUGGCAGGUGCUGCAGGAGCACGGCGUUGCCGGAGCAUCUUCCGGUGACAAGAAGGGGAGUCUGGUCAAGACAGAGGAUUCCCAGAAUGGAGGAAAAGAGCCAGAGGAUACGCCCACACCGGGAGCUCAGGGGGAGACUGCUGAGUUGCCUGAGGAGGGGGGCAAGUCCAGAGAGGAGCAGGGACCGCAGGCGGCCGCGGGAGAGGACGAGCACCACGAGCUUAGAGAAGAUCUUGCAGCUGUGAUGAGCCAGUCUUCCAAAGGCCACGCAAAGGACACCACGCCUCUCUUCUCCAAGUACGGUAGAAGGUAUUCCUACAGGUUGGAACCUGAUAUGACGGAUCCAAAGCAGCAUUGCGAUGUAUGUCCCACGUCAGAGGAAAAUCUCCAGGAAAAUUCAUGCCUGAAUCAAUAUUCAGUAACAGAAGGGAGUAAAUCCAGAUUUUCUGAGCAUAGGCAGACGGGGAGUUUGAAUACCCGUCAGACGAACCACACGGAAGAGAAACCUCACAACUCUAAUGGAUAUAUAAAAAGCUUUAGUCCUACAAAGUUGCUAAGGCCUAGUAAAGGGAUGGAAACUGAGAGGAAACCUUAUGAAUGUGUUCAUUGUCGGAAAUGCUUCAGUCAGAGAGAACAUUUGAUGCAUCAUGAGCAAGUUCAUACCGGAGAGAAAAUGCAUGGAUAUCCUGUAUCUGGGGAAAUGUUCGCUUUUAGACACCAGGAAAUUCGUACUGGAUCAAAACCGUACAAAUGUACUCAGUGUGGGAGAUGCUUUAGUGAGAGAAACAACUUGAGGAGACAUGAGACAACUCAUACCGGAGAGAAACCAUACAAAUGUUUUCACUGUGGGAAAAGUUUCAAUCGGAGUGAAAAUCUGAAAAGUCACCAGAGAAUUCACUCUGGAGAGAAACCAUACAAAUGUUCUCAGUGUGAGAAAUGCUUCAGACAAGCUGGAGAUUUAAAGAAACACGAAACAAUUCAUACUGGUGAGAAACCCUACAAAUGCCCCGAAUGUGGGAAAUGCUUUAGACACACUAGAAAUUUGACUGUACAUCAAAGAAUCCAUACUGGAGAGAAACCAUACCAGUGCCCUGAAUGUGGGAAAGGCUUCAGGCGGAGUGGAAAUUUGACAGUACACCAAAGAAUCCACACCGGAGAGAAACCCUACAAAUGCCCUGAGUGUGGGAAAAGUUUUAGGCGGACUGAAGAUUUGAAGAGCCAUCAGAGAAUCCACACUGGAGAGAAACCGUACAAAUGUUCUCAGUGUGGGGAAAGCUUCCGGCGCAGUGGAACUCUGCUGCAUCAUCGGAGAAUUCAUACUGGAGAGAAACCCUUCCGAUGCUCUCAGUGCAGAAAAUGCUUCUGAGGCAGGGACAGAUAUGAGAAAAAUGAGAGCGUUCAUACAGAUUUUACGAAUGAAUGUUCUUGUUAUGAAAACUUCAUCCAGAGAAUGAAUGUGAGGGAUAUGAAGGACGCAUGUGAGAUUCCAGGCGGAAAGGAACCAUUUCGACAUUUAGACCCACAGCAAGUGCCUGUGUGAAAAUGUCACAAAUAAUUCUCGCAACUUCAGUGCCCCCCCCCCCCCGCACCUACAAUGACGGGACGUGUGUGUCAUCCUCAGUUUCUAUUCUGUUUUUAUUGUGUGCUUAAUUAUACUGAACAAUUAGUUUUCACUCCUGGUGCAGGAAGAAUUUAUAAGCAAUUAAUAAUCAAACCUCUCCGCCAUAAAUACAGCUUUACAGAGCAUAAGUGGAUUCGUAGUUCUACAGUUGUUAGAACUUGGUUACAUUGCCAGGUAUGCAUAAAUUUGCAUACAUUUAUAAAAGCCUAAAGUUGCAAUUAUGGCUCAUGACAAAUUAUGGCCCAUUUGCUGACCCAUUGACGCCCUCUUCAGGCAACACCGAACCAGCCAUUUGGACCUAAGUAUUUAACAAGCUCCCUCAUUCUCCAGCUUAGAUGGCACGAAAAAGGAUAGGUCCCUGUCCAUCUUGUCCACAAAUCUAUCACCCUCCUCCUCCUGUUUAAAACUUUUUUUGUGCUGUGUUUAUUUUUUGAUGGGGAUGUGGUUAAACACGGCUGCUUUGGGAGGGGGUCCUUUCAGGAUAAGCCAACCCUUCCCUGCCCCCACAGACCUUAAGAGCGAGGCUGGUGCUGCAGCUUGGGAAGCACUGUUCUGCGGGAGAGAAGCCUGGAAGGGGUGCCGUGGCUCUGAUUUUAUUAAAAGAUGCUGUUUUCAAUGUUGCGUUCAGAUAGUGUGCUGUUUCUUUGUAUUGCAGUUUUGCAUCUUACUAUCUUGUAUAAAUGGUUGCUAUUCCAAGAA